AUGGAUAUAGGAGAUUAGUAUACUGUACUUAGUGCUUUUUUCUUAAAAAUUAUACUGCUAGGAUGCCAAAGUUCUGGAAAAUCUAAUAUUUUACUCAGAUAUACAGAUGGAGUUUUUGAAGAAAAAGAGCUAACAUAUAAUUAUGAUUUUGUAAGUUUCAUGAAGAAAAUAAAAGACAAAGUACUACAAGAAAAAUUGAUGAAGCUUCAGAUAUGAGACACAAGUACUAUAUACAGGAAUUAUUUUAAAUCAGCGCACGGUUUUGCAAUUAUAAUAGAUUUAACAAACCCUGAUUCAUUUCAUAGCGCAUUAUAUUGAAAAAAAGAACUUGAUAAUUACUUUUCAGGUAAAACCCCAGAAAUCAUAUUAAUUGGAAAUAAAGCAGAUCUUGAAAAUCAGAGAUUUUUCACAUUUGAAGAAGCCAAAAAGCGUGCAGAUAGCUUGGAAAUGUUUUAUAUUGAGGUAUCAGCAAAGACAAACUGAAAUAUAGAAAAAUCAUUUGAAAUUUUAAUUACUCCCAAAUAAAACCGAUAGAGAAAUCCCUAUAAAAACCACCCUACGUGAGCAUACAAAUUUUUAUGAAAAAGCUUUUGAUAUCUAAGUGAAAAUUAUUAUUAUUACGAAAUCUCUAAUUAAUUCUGGUUAAUUUUAAAAUAAAUUUUACAAAUUAAAUUAAUUUUUUCUUUUCAAUUUUUAUGGAGUGGAGUUUCAACAAACAAAAUUUUUUAUGAUUUGUUUUAAAAACAAAUUAUGCUCAGUGAGCUAAAAAAAUUGUUUCAAUCGUGGUGGGAGUUAGAAAUAUCCUACAUAGAAUCUCCAAUAAGGCAAGCUAA